GUCGAGGGCUUCGGUUGAAGUUGCGUUACUAAAACGCGUUAAAUGUUCAUUUUGGGAUGCACGUAACUUGCCUAUUUAUACGAGGCGUUGAACUCAAAAUAUUACUGAAGGCGUUACAUCGCCACUUGCAGUUAUUCAAUAUUUUCGUACGUUUGUGAGCUUUAAAGUGAUUGUCAUUCUGCACUGUUGGAUGGAGGAGACAUUUGAACAUCAUCGAACAAUGUCUGCAUGCCUGUAAGCGACGUUUAAAUUGUGUCUUAGUGUGAAGAAACGUCGCGUUUGGUUUCAAGGCAUUCCGUCUUUUGGAGAGGAAGAUGUCGCUGUACAGAGGCAUCGGCGGAAAUAAGUACAUGACCAAACGCAUACCGAAGAAUGCAAAGUAUCAGCACAUCAAAACAAAACUGGACACAGGGGUCAGCCUCACCAAGUAUUUGGAGCGCCUAGAGGACAUCAAAAAGAACUACAAGUUUAACCGAGGGGAAAUCUACAAACGCUUUAAAGUGACAACAUUUGCAGAACUGAUCCUCCAGGUGGCGUCCGUGUCGGACUUCGCCGAAUGUGUCAGUGGGGAUUCCAGUCACGGCCUGGACGACGGUGACAGCGUGAUGGUGGCAAAGGCAGAGGCGGAGUCAAACGGCUCACCUGAGAGGUUGGGACCGUCAGGGCGUCAGGACGGUGCACAGGAGCAAGACUCUGGCCAGAACAGGUCUACACUGCUAAGCGUCAUCAAUGGUGUGGGCGAGCUGAACAUGAACGGCGACAAAAGCAAGGCGCCGGACAACGUGGACCCCGAUAAGCCGUACCCGGACUGCCCCUACCUGCUGCUGGACAUGCGUGACCGCGACAACUACGAUCAGUGCCACAUCAUCAGCGCUUACAGUUUCCCCAUGGCUAUGCUGUCACGCACCAUGAACCCUUACACCAAGGAAGUGCUGGAAUAUAAGAACACAGACGGCAAGAUCAUCAUCGUGUACGACGAGGACGAGCGUAUCGCCAGCCACGGUGCCACCAUGAUGUGCCAGCGAGGCUUUGAGAACCUCUUCCUGCUCAGCGGAGGUCUGAAGGCGGUGGCUCAGAAGUUCCCUGAGGGCAUGACCACGGGCACCUUGCCGCUGUCCUGCCAGCCUCCUCCCGCGCCCUCCAAGUGGAAGAAGUGCCUUGCUUCGCCACCGCCGCCGCCCUCGCGCGUGGCCGACAAAAGAUGGCGCUUCACCGCUGACGAGCUCACCAGGAUCGAAGGCCAGCUGGAGAACAUCGCCGUCAACAGCAGUCGUACGUCCAGUCGCAUGUCCACCUGCAGCAGUCUGUCCAAAAUAUCCAGUGUUCACACUUCUCACACGUCCUCCACGUCCGGCAGGGACGGCCAUGUUCAGAGGCCCUGGAAGUAGCCCCGCCCCCUUUGAAGUCUUUCCUGCUGCUGUGGAAUCAAUCAAUACUUGGAUCUGUGGAGGACUUUUUUAUUAAUAUUUAAUGUGCACGCAGGUCAUGUCCGGUUGGGACAAAACAUCCGUGUGUGUGUGUGUGUGUGUGUGUGUGUGUGUGUGUGUGUGUGUGUGUGUGUGUGUGUGUGUGUACUGGACAACUGAAUGUUCAUAAGACAAAAGAUGCAUUUUUAAUGCUGUAUUUUUGUAAACUGCUUCAUGUAUCACAACUGUCUUAAUGAUUUGAUUCAAUGAUGAGGCUGAUUUUUACUGAUUGUGUGUGUUUGUGUGUGUGUACAUGUGUGUGUCUUGCUGCCUUCCUUGUUGUGUUGUUGGUUUCAAUCGUGGAAGAUCAGCACUGAUUUUCUUGUCAUUUUCAAGUAUGUUGGUCUUUUGAUUGAAAUAAAAUGAUAGA